GCAACGUCAUUUAGUUGUCAACACUGCAAACAACCAUCCAAUAUGUCUUCCUCCAUGGGCAGCGGGAUGUUCCCCGGCCAGCAGUCCGCUGGUCCUCACCCUGUCGGCGGCCCGGGUCAGCCGGGACUACUGUCUGGAGCUCCGGGGAACAGGGUCCAGGGCCCAAACACUCUGGUGGACGACCUGGAGGCUUCUUUCGAGGCUUGCUUUGCGUCCCUAGUGAGUCAAGACUACGUGAACGGAACCGACCAGGAGGAAAUUCGGACAGGUGUGGAUCAGUGUAUUCAGAAGUUUCUGGAUGUCGCCAGACAGACAGAAUGUUUCUUCCUGCAGAAGCGUCUUCAGUUAUCAGUCCAGAAACCCGACCAGGUGGUCAAAGAGGAUGUGUCUGAGCUGCGGAAUGAACUCCAGAGGAAAGAGCUGCUUGUUCAGAAACACCUGUCUAAGCUGCACCACUGGCAGCAGGUUCUAGAGGAUGUCAGUGUGCAGCAUCGUAAACCAUCAGAUCUCCCUCCACCUGGACCCUUGGCCUUCCUGGAACAGGCCUCAGCUAGUCUACCUGCUGCACCACUCAAACAGACCUAACACACACACCUCUCUCUCUUCUGGAAAGUACAUCAUCUUUGUUUUCUUUUUGACUUGUGUAAAUAUUUCUGAGUCUGUUUUUUUUUUUGUCCUGACAGAAUAAAUGAGCUUGGAUCAGA